AUGGCUUCAAACGAGGUCGUCUCCAACUCAACCCCAGCGCUAUACGAGUCCGGGCUCACGAUCCCCUCGGAUUCAGAAAACUACUCAGCCAACCAUGACUCUUCUUCAACCUCGUCAGAUUCACCGCUGAUCCUGUACAAGCCCUCAACGACACUAUGGAGUAUUCUCCGAGGUGCGGCAAUCAACCUGUUCCUCCCUUUCGUCAACGGCUUGAUGCUGGGAUUCGGGGAGCUCUUUGCGCACGAGGCCGCGUUCAGGUUAGGAUGGUCUGGAACAAAGGUCUUCCCCACGUAUCGGCGGUCUCGGCCCGUAGCUGCUGGUCUCGGGUUAUAG